ACAGAGAAUGAGGUCACGCUCAAUGUACCCUCCAAAGAGGAGAUGGCCAACAAGCAGCAUGUGCGGCCCAAUGUCAAAAAAAUCGAGGACGAUGACCCCAACAACACCCAAAACGGGACAGACAAGGACGCGGUUAGGGGCGAAAAUGAGGACAAAGAGGGAGACGAACUCAUCCACGAGGCUAAG